CGGCGAGACUUCCGGUGAUCUGAAGCUUGCUGUGAAGAGAAGCAUGUCUGGCUGCCGGCUCUUUUCUCUUCGGGCAGCGGCUGUGGCCGCGGCGGUGACUGCAGCGCGAGCUUCCCGGGUACCCAGGGUCUUCACGGCGACGCACCGUCCGUUGCACACCAGUCUGCGGAGCUGCUCCUUCGCCAAGGAGCUCUUCCUGGGCAACAUCGAGCAGAAAGGAGUCUUCCCCUUCCCCGAAGUUAGUCAGGAUGAGCUUAAUGAAAUCAAUCAGUUUGUGGGACCACUGGAAAGAUUCUUUACUGAAGAAGUGGACUCUCGAAAAAUUGACCAGGAGGGAAAAAUUCCAGUUGACACCUUAGAAAAAUUGAAGAGCCUGGGACUUUUUGGGAUUCAGGUCCCAGAAGAAUAUGGUGGCCUAGGCCUCUCCAACACCAUGUAUGCCCGGCUUGGGGAGAUCAUCAGCAUGGACUGCUCCAUCACCGUGACCCUGGCGGCACACCAGGCUAUUGGCCUCAAGGGGAUCAUCUUGGUUGGCACUGAGGAACAGAAGGCCAAGUAUUUGCCCAAACUGGCAUCUGGGGAACACAUCGCAGCCUUUUGCCUAACAGAGCCAGCCAGUGGGAGUGAUGCUGCCUCCAUCCAGACCAGAGCUAUGUUAAGUGAAGAUAAGAAGUACUUUGUCCUCAAUGGCUCCAAGGUUUGGAUUACCAAUGGAGGACUGGCCAGUAUUUUUACUGUAUUUGCAAAAACUCAGGUGGUUGAUUCUGAUGGUUCGAUAAAAGACAAAAUCACUGCAUUCAUAGUAGAAAGAGACUUUGGCGGAAUCACUAAUGGGAAACCUGAAGAGAAAUUAGGCAUUCGAGGCUCCAACACUUGUGAAGUCCAUUUUGAAAACACCAGAGUGCCUGUGGAAAAUGUCCUUGGAGAAGUUGGAGGUGGCUUUAAGGUAGCUAUGAACAUCCUUAACAGCGGGCGAUUCAGCAUGGGCAGUGCUGUGUCUGGGAUGCUCAAGAAGCUGAUUGAACUGACUGCUGAGUAUGCCUGCACAAGGAAGCAGUUCAAUCGGAAUCUCAGCGAAUUUGGUUUGAUUCAGGAAAAGUUUGUGCUAAUGGCUCAGAAGGCAUAUGUAAUGGAGAGCAUGGCCUACCUCACCGCGGGGAUGCUAGACCAGCCAGGGUUUCCUGACUGCUCUAUCGAGGCAGCCAUGGUGAAGGUGUUCAGCUCCGAGGCUGCCUGGCAGUGUGUGAGUGAGGCUCUCCAGAUCCUUGGGGGCUCGGGCUACAUGAAGGACUACCCCUAUGAGCGUAUGCUGCGGGAUGCCCGCAUCCUACUCAUUUUUGAGGGAACCAAUGAGAUUCUUCGGUUGUUCAUUGCCCUGACAGGCCUGCAGCAUGCUGGACGCAUCCUGACCUCAAGGAUCAAAGAGCUUAAAAGAGGCAAUGUGACCACAGUCUUGGAGACAAUUGGUCGAAGGCUUCGGGACUCGCUGAGCCGAACCGUGGACCUAGGACUGACAAGCAAACCUGGCGUUGUACAUCCCAGUCUUGGAGACAGUGCCAACAAGCUUGAGGAAAAUGUGUAUUACUUUGGUCGGACUGUUGAAACCCUGUUACUCCGUUUUGGAAAGACCAUUGUUGAGGAGCAGCUGGUGCUGAAGCGGGUGGCCAACAUCCUCAUCAACCUGUAUGCCAUGACGGCCGUGUUGUCACGGGCUAGCCGCUCUAUCCGAACUGGGCUCCCGAAUCACGACCAUGAGGUUAUGUUGGCCAACAUGUUCUGUGUGGAAGCGUAUUACCAGAAUCUCUUCAGCCUGUCUCAGCUGGACAAGUAUUCUCCAGAAAACCUGGAUGAGCAGGUUAAGAAAGUGUCUCAGCAGAUUCUUGAGAAGCGAGCCUACAUAUGUGCCCACCCUCUGGACAGGACAUCCUGAGGCUGGGACAGUGCCCCUGUACCUACUACAUAGCCCAGGUUAACAUAAUUCAGCAUUUUUUUUUUUUUUUUUUUUGUGGUUUUUCAAGACAGGGUUUCUCUGUAUAGCUUUGGAGCCUGUCCUGGAACUAGCUCUGUAGACCAGGCUGGUCUCGAACUCACAGAGAUCCGCCUGCCUCUGCCUCCCGAGUGCUGGGAUUAAAGGCAUGCGCCACCAUCGCCCGGCAUAAUUCAGCAUCUUCAGAAGACUGAAUCCUUGAUCCUUGUGGACUGUGUCAUUUGUAUACAGUAAAGCAAUAGUAUGAACUAUCGCUCUGCAACAGAGAAGUAGGUAGGUGUUGGCCUGUAGGCCCUGCGUCUAAGAGAUACCGUCUUGUGAAGGAAAGGAAGGAAGGAAGGAUGGGCCAAAUUGUUAAAGAAAGAUGGAACCAGAUUAGUGGUGGCUCCUAUGUGUGGCUACAAAUGAUCAAGGAUCUCUGUGGAAAUGGCUCACUCUAUGGCACAAAGUUCACAGGGAACUAGGGUGUAGGUAGCCAUUCCUACUAAACCGCACACUGAAGACGCAAGCUGAGUCCAUAUCACCUACUAAACCCGCUUAUAGUCUGUGUAAGGAACCUUCUAAUGGAAAAGAAUGUAAAGUGUCACUAUUCAUGUCCCAUCUCCCAAUCAUGAGGGUGUCUUAACAAUAAAAAUGUCUUCUUGGGUAUUGUA